AUGAUUAUUAUUCUUUUUCCCCUCCUCCUUCUUCUUCUUCUUUUUCUUCUUUGUCUUUUUCCCUCCUCCUCCUUUUUUCUUCUUCUCGUUUACCCCUUCUUCUUGUUUCUUUCUUCUUUCUUCCUUCUUUCUUCUUCUUGUUUUACUUCUACUACUUCUCUUUCUUUUUCACCUCGUUUCCUUCUUCUUCCUUCUCUUCUUCAUCUCUCUUCUUUCUUAUUCUUCCUUCUUUCUCAUUCUUGUUUCUUUGUUUUUUUCCCUUCUUUUUUGUUUCUACUCCUUAUUUCUUUCUUCUUUUUCCUCCUUCUCUUUUUGUUUGUUUCUCUUUCCCUCCUUCUUUUUUCUUCUUGUUUUCCUUCUCCCCUAAUUCUUCUUCUUGUUUCCUUAUUUUCGUAUUGUUUCCUUCUUCCUCCAUUUCUCUUCUUCCAUCUUCCACCUCCCAUCUUCCAUCGUUCUUCUUCUUCUUCUUCUUCUUCUUCUUCUUCUUCUUCUUCUUCUUCUUCUUCUUCUUCCCAAUUUCCUGCUCUUUGUAUAUCUUAG